AUGACGAAGUUUCUACGAUUUGAGACCUUGUACUCUUUUGUCCUCGCAGAAGAUGUUCUUCAUGAACACGGUCUUCUUUCGGUUUAUUCGCAGUACUAUUCUCUUCCCUGCUUCGAUCAAAUCCUUCGACAUCGUUUCUGCUUUAUUGAUAGUUCUCAAGAAGAGAACGAUGUUGUCCACGAAACGAAGCGUCCUAGAUAUGCGCGUGAGAAUGACACUGGUGAAUACUUCGUACAAGACGCUCAACAAGCAUAUCGGACGGUAGUUUUGAAGGUCUUCUCGACCAUCCUCCCUAUGGAUAAAUACGACGAGGUGACAAGGUCUCGUGAGAAUCGACAAGGUGGACGACAGAUGGGUGCACAAGAAAACCAACACCGCCUACAUUUCGCGACGGGACCUUAUCUCCGCGACUGA